ACAUUAACGCUCUGUUGAUUUCACAGUUAAAUGUAAACUAUGCCGUAUGUUUUGAAUAAAAAUCCCGGAAGAACGGGCAUACACAAAUAUUUAUAAACGAAUGGUUUGAAAAAGAAAAUGAAUUUUCGGAUAUUUUUAAUACUAGUUAUGGUACAGACUGCUGAUUGUUUAAUGUGUUAUUUUUGCGCGGACACAAGUAAUGUUGACGGUCGAAACCAGUGUCAAACAUGGCACAGAACCAUGAGAUAUUACCGGAAGAGGUACGAGAAGACUGGCUCCUACAGGGUAGAAAAAUAUGUGAAAAAUUGUUCAGACUAUGGUGAUGCUAGGAAACCAAAAUACUGUAUGGUUGCCUGGGUAGCGGAAGGAGAAAGGGUGAAUAGCUUUAUUCGAGACUGUAGUGAUGGAACUGCAUUUUUCAGUGACGAUGUUGAUAUUUUGUUCCAAGCGGGAACAGUGAGGCCAGAUAAUCAGACAAGCUGCCAGCCGUCUUUGAAAGGCUUCACCGCUUGUUUAACACUGUGCGGUCAAGGUGAAUUAGGGUCCGGAGAUUUCUGCAACGGCCCUGUCCUUACAUCUUCAGCGGAAUUUUUAUAUUCUUCUUUAUUUUUCAUAAUGACACUUCUAUUGAAAUUAUUUUGUUCUUUUCUGUAAAAAUUUCAGUUAGUAAGGAUUCAUAUGAAGGUACAAAUACAAAAGAAAAAAAAGGUUUUAAAGAGAAAGUUCCAUGUUUAGUACAUUUGUAUCACAAUAUCUACAUUGUCAACUUAAUUAUGCAUCGAACUCAACUUAUUUCUUUUUUGUGUGUUAGAUAUUUACUGAACUUGAAAUAUGUUGUAUCAAAACAAAAGAACAAUUUUAUUUCUUUCAAAUAUUUAUAGGACAUGUAAUUGAAACAACAACAACAAAAAAAAAAAAAACAACAACAUAGUUUACAUAAAGAUAGUUAUACAUGCUUUAUAAUUAUGCGAAAAGUCUUAAUACAGUCCAACUUGCUUUAUACGAAUUCAUCCGGACCCGAGAAAUAUGUUCGUAUCAAACGAAAUUCGUAUUAAUGAUACACGUAUAAUUUGUCCAAGCAAGUUAAGCAGUACCACCUUUAUCAUCGGUGAAAAGAUUUAAAUUGAUUAAGUUAAUUUAUUCUGAUAAUAUUGAAAGUACAUAACAAAAGUUAUACUUAAACACGUAAAUCUGCAUGAAUUUAAAUUUUUAAUAUGCGGUUGAGGUCCAGAGCGCCAAAUUAUAUCUACCGCCAACAUAUUUUCUAUUAUGAAGCUUGUACUAUAUAAUCAUUCUUAAAAGGAUAAAAGUUUGUAUAUUUUGUAAGACGACGGCCUACCUGUGUCGACAAUAGAACGGAACUUUAAUAAUGUGUUUAAAAUUGUUUACACCUCUUUAAAUCUUGUCCUGUCAAUUUAUUAAAUUGUUUUAUAUUGACUGUGUGAAUGACAUGAUACACAAGGGACCGAGUAGUUGUUUUUGAAUAGGUGUGAACAACUCCAUUGUCCAAUUACCACGUGCCACAAGGUUGAAAUUUUCAAAACAUUUUAUUUACUUCGAUUAAAUAUCAGCACUGUACAGUUUCAAACUAUUCUAAAAUUAAUUCCUAUCAAAAGAUGGAAAAUUAUAACAUUUAAGCUAACUGGGACUUCCAAAAUGUGUUCGUAUCUACCGAUUAUUUGUAUGAAGUGAGUUCGCUAUUACCGAAAUCAUUCUACAUAGGAAAUAGAAGGACUUGGCCGGGGAAUCCGUAUUUUGUUCGUUUUAUCUGAAAAUUCGUAUCAAGCGAGUUCGUAUUAAGUGGAUUCGACUGUAUUAUGUUCAAUCUUUAUUAGUUACAAAUUAGAAAUACCAAAAUAUUAUUAUAUCAGAAAAAUAUUUAUGUAGGUUAAAAAUAAUCAUUUUUAAAAGCCGUUUAAUGUGUGCUGAAACAAAAGGAACAAAGACAAAUCAAAUAUUUAUAUAGUAACUACAUGAAUGGCAGUUACUGAAUUGGUAAUUCUAGGAGAAUGAUUUUCAGAAAGACCGAAAAUGGAGAAAGAGGGUAGUCAUUGGAAAUAAGUGCUAGAAACGAUUGAACAAUGGAACAUGGCAGCAAUUGCAUUGUAUAAAUCAAAAUAAAAUAGGGUUCUGAAAAAAUAAUGAUAUAAAUGAAGCCUGUAUAGAAUAAAACUGAGCAGAAGCAGAAGGUCGGUUUUUACAAGUAAAGUCUGGUUAAUUUAAAUGAGAAAAAUAUUUAGUAUUUCUUCAAAUCCGAAAAGAAAAACAACAACAACAACAACAAAAAAAGAAGAAAAAAAAAACAACAACAAAAAACACACAACCAUUUAGUCAUUGAAUUAAAAUUGAAGUUCUGAACAAGAAUAAGUUCUUAUUCUUCACCAGAUGGUUGUAAAGAUUGCCAUUUGAGCUGGUACCCUAGAACCCACAAAAGUACGCGUCACAUGCCAUGUAAUCCAAGCAUUAUUAUAAUUCAUAACUUUACUAUGACAUCAGGAGUUUUAACUGACCAAUCAGAGGUCGAAGUUUCAUUGAAAUAUUUUAUGAUUUUAAUGAUUUGAUUUUAGUUUAAAGUUUGAGAUUUUACACAAAGAGUCUAUGAUAAAGUCCUAGUAAAAUGUAAUCAUUACCCAAGUGAAUUUAGUAUCAUUCCGCAAUGUCUCCGACAUGUUAAAAUUAUGAAUAUUUACUUUUAGCAAACAGAAACGUAGACAAUAUGAACAGCGUACAAUUAUUUGUAGGUGUUAAAAUGUAGGGCUCUAGGUAGGCGUUUAUCAUGAAAAGGGCGCUAUAUAGAUAAUAUAUGAUAUAAUAAUAAAUAAUAAUAAAAAAACAAAAUAUGUAAGUAUAAAAAUAAACUUUUUGAAUUCAGUUUCAUAUAUUCAGAUAUACACAAACCUUAUUACAGAUCAAUUAUUUUAUAGCAAAGGCGUGUGCUGUUACAGCUUCCCAACUGUAACAGAUAUAUCUACAUCUUCAGAGCAGAAGAAAGAACUUUAUAGGAUUUAUUUUUAAUUAGACACACAAACUUUCAUCUUUGUUGUUCCUUAAGUACAUUUCUAUAAUCUCAUUAAUUAGUUGCGCAUAAAUAAAAUAAAAUUAAAAAUAUGUUAUUACAACAACGCUUUAAUUAAGGAUUUACAUUUCAGUAUAAAAUUUUGUUUAAUCUUUACAUCAUUGGUACGACUUUAAUUGAUUUUUUCUGUCGCUGUUUUAAAUUCAUGCAUAUAUUUGUAAUCAUAUUAUGACAAUGAACAACCGCGUUCCAGUAAUUUUUGUCAAAGAAGUUUAUUUUGUGAUGACCUGGCCUUAUAUUCACAAAACCUUGUCAGUCAUGUAUUUGAAAGAUGUUAUGACGUUGAUUUGUGUCCAAGCUUAACUGUAAUAUUGUUCUGUUCUGUUAUUUUAUUAAAACGUUCUAAUUGAAGCGUUUAA